AUGGCGCCCCCGCCCCGGGGGCUGCCCCUGGAGGUGGCUGUCCUGCGUCCUGCGGGAGAGCUCUGCGGGGCGCACUGUUCCACUCGGACGCAAUCCGGCGUGUUGGCCGCCACCGCCAGCCGCAUCCCCGCGUGCUCUGAUCCGCUUCGUGCCGCCCUGUCCGCGCUGGCACUGGAUGCUGGGCCCGCCCGGGGUCCCUGGAUCACAGGACAAGCGCUCCAUGGCCUGGAGCCGCAGCCAGAACCUCUCGGCGCAGGCCCCUUCCUCCUGCUGGGCUUCCCGGGGCCGCGGGGCCUGAGCGUGGCGCUCUUCCUGCUCCUCCUGGCCGUGUAUGUGCUCACGGUGGCCGGGAACCUGGCCAUCAUCGCCCUGGUCGCGGCGCACCGGCGCCUGCAGAGGCCCAUGUACUUCUUCCUCUGCAACCUGUCCUUCCCGGAGAUCUGGUUCACCAAGGCCUGCAUGUACUUCGUCUUCGCGCUGGGCUGCACUGAGUCCUUCCUGCUGGCCGCGAUGGCCGACGACCGCUACCUGGCCGUGCGCCUGCCGCUGCGCUGUAGAAGCCUGGCUGGGGAGGAGUCCCUGAGUCUCCUGGGGGGUGGAAACCACUGCGAGGGCCUCCUGCAGGUGCAGCACCUGGGCCGGCAGGGCCCUGUGUGCGGGGACCGCUGGGGCAUGGGAGAGGCGUCCGUGACCUGCAGACAGCUGGACUGUGGCUCUGCACUAUCAACCUCCAAGUACGUUCUGAGGCCCCAUGAGAUGGGGCCGACCUGGCUGCGUGGAGCCCAGUGCCAGGGCGAGGAGGCUUCACUCUGGGAGUGCUCCCUGGGUGCCUGGGAGCCACUGAGCAGCUGUGAGUGCCACUGCGUGGUGGUGAUAACCUGCUCAGAUGGUACCUUUCAGCAAAUCAGGCUGGGCCAGGGUGGCAGCCCCUGUGCCGGGAUCCCCGAGGCGGUGAACCCGGCUGGCAAUGUCCUGAGGUGUGACUUGCAUAAGGAAGAGGCCAACGUCUUCUGCAGAGAGCUGGGGUGUGGCUCCGCUUUGCAGUGGUCUAGAGCCCACGGCAGAGGGGGCCCCGGGAACCAGGGGCAGAAGUUUGUGACCUGCGAGGGAACAGAGUUCAGCAUCUUCACCUGCAAGAUCGACCUAAACGUCCUAGAGCAGUGUGACCUCCCGACGUACACCCAGGUGGUGUGUUCAGAGUUCCGGCUGGUCAACGGCGGCAGCGGCUGUGAGGGCCGCGUGGAGCUCCAGGUGGAGGGGACCUGGGCGCCCGUCUGUGCCGCCCACUGGGACUUGGAAGAUGCCACCGUCCUCUGCCACCAGCUCAACUGUGGCAAUGCUAUGGCCACACCGCGAGGAGGCCAUUUUGGGGACGGGGAUACUCCCAUCUGGCCCGACGUGUUUCACUGUGUGGGGACAGAGCCGCAUUUGUUCAGCUGCCUGGCAAGCACCCUGGGGGCCCCGGCCUGUGUCCGAGGAAACUCGGCCUCCGCGGUGUGCUCAGGUCUCUCCCACGCCCUGAGGCUGAGGGACGGGCAGAGCCGCUGUGAUGGGCGCGUGGAAGUCUCCCUGGACGGCGCGUGGGGCCGCGUCCUGGACGAUGCCUGGGACCUGCGCGGCGCCGGCGUCGUGUGCCGGCAGCUCGGGUGCGGAGGGGCAGAGCGAGCCUACGAUGCGCCUGCCCCCGGCCGCGGGGCCGUCCCGGUGGGGCUGAGCCGCGCGCGCUGUCUGGGCAGCGAGACCCGCCUGAGCCAGUGCAACGUGUCCACGUCCCUGCGGGAGCCCGCGGGGAUGUCGCGGGACGCGGGUGUCGUGUGUUCCGGGAGCCUCCGGGUGCGCCUCGCCGCGGGGCCAGGCCGCUGUGCCGGGCGCGUGGAGGUGCUCCACGAGGGAGCGUGGGGCACCGUGUGUGACGACGCCUGGGACCUGCGGGACGCACACGUGGUCUGCAGGCAGCUGGGCUGCGGCCGCGCUCUCAGCGCCCCGGGGGCCGCUCACUUCGGGGCCGGCACGGGGCGCAUCUGGCUGGACCAGCUGGGCUGCGAGGGCCACGAGUCUGCGCUGUGGCAGUGCCCGUCGGGGGGCUGGGGCCAGCACGACUGCGGGCACAAGGAGGACGCUGGGGUCUUCUGCUCAGAGUUCACGGACCUGAGGCUGCAGAACUACAGCGGGCCAUGCGCAGGGCGCCUGGAAGUUUUCUACAACGGCACCUGGGGCGGGGUCUGCAAGACCCUGAAUGCAGCCUCCCUGGGGGUCCUUUGUGGGCAGCUGGGCUGUGGGACCCACGGCCAGCUGCUGGCUGGGCCAGGGAGCUGGCCUGCCCCUGACGCUCUCUGGGUGGCCUCCAUUGAGUGCAGGGACAGGAAUGACUGGUCCCUGUGGCAGUGCCCGUCAGCCCCCUGGGACCCUCAGUCCUGCUCCAGCGGGGAGGAAGCCUGGGUCCUGUGUGCAGAGCACGUAGGAGAAGUGCCCCAGGACCUUGGAGAGACCCUGAACUGCUCAUCCACCCUCAGCUGCCCAGAGGAGGGUGCGCUGCGCGUGCGCGGGGGCGCUGACGGCUGCUCCGGGCGCGUGGAGGUCUGGCACGCCGGCUCCUGGGGCACCGUGUGCGACGACUCCUGGGACCUGGCGGACGCGGAGGUCGUGUGCCGGCAGCUGGGCUGCGGUCGGGCCGUGGACGCCCCGGGGGGGGCCGCCUUUGGCCUCGGCUCGGGGCCCGUGUGGCUGGACGAGGUGGGGUGCCGGGGCAGCGAGGUGCACCUGCGGGACUGUCUGGCCCAGCGCUGGGGACGCGGAGACUGUGCGCACAAGGAGGACGCGGGCGUGCGCUGCUCGGUACCUGGCCCCAGCCUGCGUCUGGGGCAGUGCCACGUGGUGGCCCUGGCCAAAGCUGCAGCCGCCCCUUCCUUGGCCCCUGCACCUGCUCCCAAGGCCUGGGCCCUGUCUGAAACCACCUGCCUCAUCCUUGGUUCCCUCCUGGGCCUGGUGUCCCUGUUCCUGGGGGCUCAGUGGUGCCGCCGCAGAGCAGCCUGCCAGGGACACACGGAGGCCCGGCUGGUGGGCGGCGAGCACCCCUGCGCCCGGCGCCUGGAGGUGAGGCGGGGCCUGACCUGGGGCACCGUGGACCUCGCCACGGCCCACGUGGUGUGCUGGGAGCUGCGGUGCGGAAGGGCCGUGGACACCCUGUGGGGGGGCUGCCUUUGGCUGGAUGAGGUGGGGUGCCGGGGCAGCGAGGCGUUCCUGCAGGACUGCAGGGCCCAGCAGUGGAGACGCGGCCUGUGCUGCUCCGCAGAGCCGAGAACCCACAGACGCCUCCCGGGGCCGCGCAGCUCCGUCCCUGUGGAGCUCAGGUCUGGCGAGUCAGCAGGCGCGGGCUCCCUGCUGCCCCCGGCCAACGCCCCGGCCGCCCACCCCCUUCUCAGCAGCUGCCCUGCCCCGGGCCCUGUAAAUUCCCAAGGCCCCUGGCUGCAGCGUCAGAGCCCCCAGCUGCUCUGCACCACCAGGUGCCUGUCUGCCUCGGAGGAGCCGUGGGCUGGGGUGGCCGCUCACGGGGCCUUGCACCAGAUUCACAGGAAACCCUUCAGGCCUCUCCUACACCCCCCAUCUCCCUCGGAGGCCAAACCACAGGGCUCUGGUUUGUCACUGGUCUGA